GAAGCCACUGGGUUUCAUUUCAUAUUGGAAACAUGAAUGCCACAGAUUAUUUUGUAAUAUAAAGUCAAUGGCAGCUUUAGCUACGUAGGCUAACCUACAUUGGCUGUCAGGAACUGAGAUUAGCUUAAACUGUUUCACAAAAAACAGCAUCAGUGGUGGAAUGAGUACUAAGAUGAUGCACUUAUUUAAAAGUAAAAGUACUAGCAUCAACAUGUACUUAAAGUGCCAAAAGUGAUAAUGCAGAUCAGCCUAUUUUCAGAAUAUUUAUUUUAUGUUUUGAUUAUAACUAUUGAUGAAUUGAUGUUUAUCAAAGCUAGUCAAGUAGCAGCUUAUUUAAUUACUGUGUAUAUGUUAGUUAUAUGUGGAAGUUGCUCCAGGUGUAACUAAAGUCGUAUUUAAUAUUGCAUCUGUAGAGUAACUAAAUUGUAAUAAAUAAAUGUGGAGUAAAUACAAGUAAACGAUUUACCUCUGAAUUGUAGUGGGGUAGAAGUACAAAGUAGCAACACAUUUAAAUACCUAACUAAAGUAAAGUACGUAAAUGUAGUUACUUUACUUCACUCAGUGUGAUAGACAUGUUUCUAUUUAAGUUGAAUGUGGGGUUACUUUAACGCUGAGCCCCUCUGGUCAUAUUUCGAGGGGGAAGUAUUUCUCUGCUGCACAUUUCCUGUUCCUUAGCAACAAGAGCAAUGUGGAAAUGGUGAUGGGAGAAGAAAAGACAAUUGGAAAAAACGGGGUUGCCCUUUAACACAAAUAUAACGCUAUUUUCAAAUGGAUGAAUUAAGUAAUAUCUUCGGAGGCUAGCGUUGAACCAGCCCUUCUUUAGCUACCGGCUUCUCCUGAAUUCAAGCCAAUCCUGAUUGGGUAGAACUGGUUCUCAACGACCUCUGCUGUUUUACCUCCCAUGACACUUGGACCUUACUGUAAAUACCUACCUUCUGCGUAUAAGGACGAUAAAGGCAUCUGAUGCAUUUCCCUCUUGAAUAUUCAUGCAGUGUGUGUCUAGUGCACUUAUUUGAAACGUCAUCUUGUAAUGGCGGUGAAAGACCCUGGCAGGACAACAAGUUUUCCUUGCAAACAAUGCGACAUUGUAUGUCCCAACAUGCCCAGUCUGCUUGAGCACAUGGAUGCCCACCUUCAACAAGAGGAAGAUCGCAAAUUUAAAUGUGAUGAAUGUGGACGUGGUUAUAGACAUGCUGGUAGCCUAGCUAACCACAAAAAGACACACGAAGUGGGUUCUUUUCAAUGUAACAUCUGCGGUAAAGAAAACUCCAACUCUCUGGCCCUGAAGAGUCAUCUCCGGAGUCACAACUAUCAGAAAAAGUACUCCUGUGACCAAUGCGAAAAAUCUUUUCGUCUGGCAUCACAGCUAUCCACACAUGAGAGGGUUCAUCUUACCAGGCGAGUAAAGGACCGCUCGUAUAGGAAGGUAGACAUGGAAUAUCCCAUACCUGAAGAUGAUGAAAUAGAAAAUGAUCACCCCAUUGAGCAGUUGGCUGGUGUUGGGAUUUCUACAGAAAAUAGCCCAGCUGAGUACAAGACGGAUGUUGUUUAUAACGCACAAUCUGAAACGUCUGAUGAUGCAGCAGAUCGGCCUUUCAGAUGUGACCUGUGUGACAAAUCAUACAUACAUCAUCGAAGCCUGACCAAUCAUAAAAAGACUCACCAAGUGGGAAAGUUUGAGUGCACCGUGUGUUGCAAACUGUUCAAUAACAUGGCUGCCCUCUACAGCCACCAGAGAUCUCACAAGACGAGAAGCGGGACGGAACCAGAUUCAGUGGGGAGGUCAUACACUGCGGCACCACUGGACCAGUUUUCACCCCAGAGCCAGGAUGCUGCAGUAAACUUUUGCCAUUUAUGUCAGGUUCUAUUCCCCAAUGAUGAAGAGUUCCAGGAACACAUCCAAAUGCAUAACUCUUCUUCACUGUCAUUUGGGCUUCAAGAUACCUUGUCCGAGAAUCACAAUAUGUCCUAUGAAAACAGUAUUGCCUCGCCCGAGUCAAAUUUGUAUGCAUCUCCUAUUAAUAACGUUCCCUCAGUAUCAUCACUAGAACAGAUUAGAAGUAACGGUCAGAUGUACUCGGACUGCUCCAACAAUCAGACACCACCUUCCAAUAGUACUCAGGGAGAACCCUCAAUCAUUGACACAAGUAUUCUCAAUCCUCUCCUGACGCUUGACACUGACAGUGCAACUGCAAUGGAAGAGAGUUCAACUGUAGAAUCUGCUGAGCGCCCCUUCAAGUGUCAAAUCUGCAGCAAAAGCUACAGGCACUCUGGGAGCCUCAUCAACCACAAAAGGUCACAUCAGGUCGGGAUUUACAAAUGUUCCAUCUGCGAAAAGAGCUUCCCUCACCUGGCCGCCCUCAAAAGUCAUCUCCGUGUCCACAAAGGUCAGUCGUCAUCGUUCGGCUUCGACGCUGACGGAGACUGGCUCUCCUCAGAGCCUCUGACUCUGGAUAACCAACAGGGCUUCUCCGUUCAAGAGGAGGAGGAGGAGGAGGAGGAGGAGGAGGGGGAAGAGGAAGAAGGGGAGGAGGAGGGGGAAGAGGAAGAAGGGGAGGAGGAGGGGGAAGAGGAAGAAGAGGAGGAGGAGGAGGAGAAGGAGGAGGAGGAGGAGGAUGGCAUCUUCCCUCUAGUUGAUAUGAAUCAGGAGAAUGGAUUGGAAGACAGCAAUGGAGCUUUGUACCAUGAGCAAUUCAAUCCGGAUUUCCCCCACGAUAUGACUAUGCAUCUACCUCAUAAUGACCACCUGACGCAGAGGCACAUGUGUGCAGACUGCAGUGAGACAUUCGCAGACAUUGCAGGGAUUAAGUCGCACGUUUGCCCACUGCUACAGCAGCAGCAUGACACUACGAGCAGUGACUAUGAUAGUGUUGUACAUUUCCAGGACAGUAAUGAUGUUCAAAUUCCAGGGAGUAAUGUAGACUUCCAAGGUCUGCAUGGUAACCACGACCAAAGUUACUUUGAACAAAACUUCCAUGAGGAAAUAAGAAGUGAUCAGAUGAAUAGUUGCGGAGAAGGGGAUAACGCUGAUGAGGAAGAGGAAGAUGGAGAUCUUUGUCAGUGUUCUUUAUGUGGAAACAGCUACACCAGCAUGAGGGCUCUUAGGAGCCAUCUCCGAGGACACACACAGUCCCAUGGCACUCCUGCAAGCUCUGGACCUUCCUCUAUGUCCUCCCAUGAAGAGGUGAAAGACGAGGAGGCUGAGGAGAUGAUGAUCUGUAGCACAUGUGGGGAAAGUUUUGCCAACAGUCAAGACUUGAUCACUCAUCAGCUUCUACACGACAAAGAGCAAGUGGACAGUGUUAAUCAGUUACACAUGGACAAGAGCGGUGUGUCUGAAGCCAAGGAGGAUGUACAGAGUAUCUGUGGCAGCUGCGGCAUCUUCUGCAUCAGCUUCCAUCAUCUUACGAACCAUGGCUGCUCCACUGAGAGGACAGAGAAGUCGACUCAUACUGAACAGGAAAUGAAAGGGAAUGAUGUCUCCCAGAAUGAUCACACGACUGAUAACAAAGAGACCUUUGAUACUGAAGAUCGGCAGUACAAGUGUGAUCAGUGUGGGCGUUCAUACAGACACGCCGGCUCCCUCCUUAACCACAAGAAGUCCCACAAAACUGGUGUGUUCAGGUGCCUCGUCUGCCAGAAACGCUUCUACAACCUGCUGGCCCUCAAAAACCAUCAACGGUCACACUUUGAUAAAAAGAGGCAUUCUUGCAAUGAGUGUGGCAAAGCUUUCAAAAUUCAGAAGCAGUUAAUAAACCACCUGAAAAGGCACAAGGAGAACCAAGCCAAAAUCGAAGACCUAAACAACCAGAUCCAGGCCCUCAUGGAGAUGAAUGGGACCAGGCCAGAUGGAGGAAUGCAGUCCUUAACUCCAAACACCAAUCAGGCUUUUCCCUCCACUCGACGCCGCAAGCAAGUACUUGAAGGGAAGAUGGAGCAAACUAAGUGUGAGACCUCCAUCAAAUCUGAGAACACGGGUGACCAACGGCCUUUCGCCUGUGAUCAGUGUGGCCGUACGUAUCGCCACGCAGGAAGUCUGGUUAACCACAAAAACUCCCAUAAAACAGGCGAAUACUACUGUUCCGUUUGUAAUAACAAUUACCCCAAUCAGCUAGCGAUGAAGAACCACAUGCGCACACACUUUGCAUUGAAAAAGCAUUCUUGCCAAAACUGUGGGAAAGGGUUUAGGGGAAAGAAGCAACUAUUGGCCCACGUGUGUGCGGACCUCAGAAAGGAGAAGGCCGGAGUCAAGAAGGUCCUCAAACCGAGAGCCUUUAAGUGUAAGGAAUGUAAGAAGGCCUUUGUUUCUGUUGACAAGCUCACUACCCACACCUGUGAUGCACCACCAGGCAGAAGUGAGGCACAAACAAGUGUGACUCGGAUUAAAGAGGAGCGGCCUUUCAAGUGCAUGAUAUGUAAUCGCAGCUACCGCCACGCAGGCUCCCUCCUGAACCACAAAAACACACACAAGACCGGACACUUCAGCUGCACCUUCUGCUCCAAGCCCUUCACCAACCCCAUGGCUCUACGCAAUCACACGCGCAUCCACACGCAGAAGAAGAAGUACGUGUGUCUGACGUGUGGAAAGGCCUUCCGCCUCGCCAGUAUCCUGCACAACCACCAGAGGAUCCACAGCCGAGCUGCCAGUCACUUCAGGUGCUCUGCGUGCGGGAAGAGCUUCCAGGGCCGGUCCGGUCUGAAGAGGCACCACUGCCGCCGAGGGCAGGAGAACGCCCCGAGAGCCGGGGUGCAGCAGACAGAGCGCGGAGACAAGUGCUUCAUGUGUGACUUGUGUGGGCGCUCCUACCGCCACGCUGGCUCCCUCCUCAACCAUAAAAAGACACACUCCGAAAGCCUGCACCACUGUUCCUUGUGUCUGCAGACAUUUCCUGACCCUCUCACUCUACAGAUUCACUCCCAGAUGAGGCGGCACUGCUGCCCCGAGUGCGGCAAGACCUUCUGUCAGCUGGCUCACCUGCAGAGCCACAUGGAAGUGCACUCCAAGCCAGCGUCCAGCUACCAGCAGCACCAGGGGGCUCAGGACCCCUACCAACGCAGCGGGGAACAACCCGUAGACGACAUCGGCUGGGACUCAGGAAUAGAUCAAACCACGGGGAUGGACGGGAUGCUCAAGCCGGUUCCUCCCCCUCUCUCCCAUAUUCCAGAGAGCAUCGCUGAUUCAGAGAAGAGCAACGAGACGGAGGAGAAGAGCCACGUCUGCGAUCACUGCGGCCGCACCUACCGCCACGCCGGCUCCCUCCUGAACCACAAGAACAGCCACAAGACGGGCUCCUACUUCUGCUCCGUCUGCCAGAAGGAGUUCACCAACCUGAUGGCCCUCAAGAACCACCGGCGCAUUCACACGGAGCCGAAGCGCUACCAGUGUCUGGAGUGUGGCAAGGCUUUCCGAGUGUCCACUCAGCUCAUAUGCCACCGCCGGAUCCACACCAAAGAGAAGCCUUUCGCCUGCCUGCAGUGCGACAAGAGCUUUUCCAGCAAGUCCAACCUGCGGCACCAUCAGAAGCUGCACCAGAACACCCAGAGCUACGACGCGUCUUUUAGCAUGGAUGCUAACGCGUUUAUGGACUUGGACAUGGGAUCUUUCCUUUGAAAACAGAUUCCAGAGCGUACAAGAGACGAGGAUAGGCAGCCCUCUUAUUUAUCUGUUAUUCAUCCCUCUAUCAGUAAUUGUAUUUUUAUUUCCGAAGCUUUCGUUGAAGACAUUUCAUUACUGUCUUACCUCCUGGUGACUCAAGUCCUCCACAGGGUUUACUGGUCAGCUUCUGAUUAGGACUGAGGUUUUCUUUGAUCAACAGGAUACCAGAAUACACGGUGGCUGAUAAUAUAAGUCGCGGCUCAUUCCUCAAGGACAAACCAACCAAAGUGAUCAGAAAAGUGCAGCCCAGGUCCAUGACAGUACUAUCUUCUCUUGCUAUGUUUAAUUGUGUUCAGUGCCUCUGAAUGUUCCUUAGGAAACAAAGUAAUACAUAUUAUAUUUAUCUCUGACUCCUUUUGUUAGCUGCCAAAAGGACUGCUCACUUUCUUUUUGGAUUUCAAAAAUGGCAAGCCUGUUGUAAGUCAAAUACCUCUGGGCGUGUCCGAAGGGCAGUGGCAAAGUGAUUUUCUCAAUCACAUUAUCAAGUAAAUAGUCGUACUGCUAAUAAUAAUCACGUCAAGUGACAUAGUAUGCUUACAUAGUAUGUUUUUAUUAAUUUAUUCCUGUUAUGUGCAUAUUGACCAGCUUUUUUAUGAAUGUUGUAAAAAAAAAAAAAAAUCUGUCUUCUAAAACUCAUGUAGCCUUUAAGGAACGCCAUCAGUCGAUUUGUAUUUAGUUCUCAGUUACAACAAGCAGGAAUGAAUGAGCCAGGCAUCAUUGGCUGCACUCAGGGUAACCCUUCAAAAGGAACUCACCUGACGUGGUAAACAUUGUACAUAAUCAGGUUCACAACUGAGCAGUUUCUUUCCACGUGCCAUUUCAACUCAGACGUUCGUCACUCCAACAGUUAGCUGCAGAUGCACGUGUAGUGCAUGCUCACCCGUUAUAGUCCAUCUCAAUCCUCUGAGAAGCAUCAGUAAAGUGCCAGUGCCUAACAUGUCAAGUAAAGUGUAGCAGUAUCAUUUUAACAAACCUCCUCUUGAUAUAUUUCUUGUUAACUAAACCAGGGCCGGGCGAUACAGUAAGUGAAUACCUUGACACGGAUAUUUGUCUAGAUUACACAAUAAAAAAAUGUGAUAACCAAUAAUACAGUAAAGGCAAAUAAUGGAAUUAAACUUAUGAUGAAAUACUAUCGAUGUUAGGGCUGCACAAUAUUGGAAAAAAACUGACAUUGCGAUAUUUUUGAAUUGAAGAAAAGACGGGGUUUUUUUGGUCCGAAAACCAUCCUUUCUUGAACUUUAAUGCUAUACAAUUGUUUUUGUUUUUUUACGAUAUUUAACCGGAUGAAGGAUUUUAGUCACAGACUUCUGGAUCUUAAGUUAUCAGAGCAACAAGCUGAGCUAGCUCGGUUAGCCUGCUGUGAUCUGAUCAAGAAUGAUUGUGAUUGGUGGUUUGCUGUCACUCACUCAAGAACAGGAGAGCCGCGGGAGUUUUCCUUUUGUAGCAAGCUGCAAAAGAAUUGUAACAUGACGUGUUUGAGUUAAUUUGCCUACUUAAUAUCGCACGCCCUAAAAAAAACGCACGUCCUGCGAUGUGAAUAUCGCGCAUAACGCGAUUAUCGUCACGACGCGAUAUAUCGUGCGGCCCUAAUCGAUGUAAUGAUCUCCAAAAUGUAACGAUAUCCAGUUUCUUAUCACAAUAAUAUCAGUGUAGCCCUUCUGUAAACUAAUACAGGUUUUUUUUAUUGUCCGUUACAUCAUUUAUAUCCAUUUUCUGAUUUGUAAAUCUCCUCAGCCACAGUCAACAUCGUAAUGAGGUGAAAGUGGUUUAUUUUUGUAUUUUUUCCCUUUUUAUGAAUAAAACACACAUUCAUUUAAAAACAACACAUGUGGCCAAGCGCAGUAUCACCACAGACAGCGAGGGCUUUAUGGAUUCACAAGGACGAGCCACUUCCAUCUUCACUGUCCAGUUCAUGGACCACUUUACGCUCUGUGAAAAAUGUGCAAUUAUUUAUUCUCUGGGUUAUUUUUAAUAUUUUGUAGCCAGGUUGUCUAACAAGCCUGUUGGUCCUUUAGUGGUUUCUGUUCACAGAUCAGAAAUCUAGCAAAAAAGGAACUCCUGGGAAACAAAAUGAAAUCAGAUUUUUCUUUAUGCCUUAGAUAUUAACAUGUCAUGCGUUAAGAGUUUGUGUGGCACUGGUCAGAAGUAUGCAAUACCUCAUGGAAAGCCCUGCCUACCUAGCAACUGCUCCGUAAUGCCUCAUGCAGCUUAAUUGUAGAGAAUACACUGUAACAAAAACAGAUCAAUUGUAAGAAAUAAUAUAAAGCGUUCAUUCAAAGUUUUUUUUUGUAGUUUUCAAAAGCAGUUUUCACCAUAAAAUGUGUUUUGUCUUUUAGAGUUAUAUUUGCACAUUUGUAGAUGAGACACUUGUAGCCUAAGGAGGACAGGAAGUUAAUAAAAAUGCAGCCUGCAGCCCUUCGGUAAUUCACCUCUGUACGUUUGCGGGUCGUAAUAUUUAAGCAAUAUGCUGAAACUAUUGUUUCAGUGCAUGAGUAAAUGUCUAACCAUUGUAUCAGAUUCAGAUACUGACACUAGCCUUGAAAAAGUAAUCGCCAUCUUGGGUUUUUUCAUUAUCAAAAGUCCUGCAAAUAUCAAUUGAAAUGACUUGGAUUGAUCUAAGUGUAACAUGUUCAUGCACCAUGGUAGCCUACGUGUAAAAGGACACACCUGAGUUCAAACAUGUUUGUUUAACUCCAUCUGUGGCACUAAACCGGGUCCCUUCUCUGUCAUUGAAUCCACUUUGACUCUUUUAUGAUAUUUAGUCAAACUAUAAUAUGACUUUAUUAAAAGAAAAUUGACAAACUAAACCAUGACUUAUCUGACUUUCUUUACUUUUUUUUGUCGCACUAUACGAUUACUUUUUUCCGACAUGAUAUACUAUGACUUAUGAUAUUAUUCAAAAUGCUAUACUAUGACUUUUUUCCCCGUCGCAUUAUACUAUGACAUUUCUUGACCAUAUAAUCCUUUUUUAUGAUGUACUAACUGACUUUCUUUGACGUAUUAUGACUUCUCUGAUAUGUUUAAGAUGUUUUUUUCUGGUGUUUUCGACAUGCUAUCCUUUGACUUUUUUUCAACAUACGUGACUACGAUCUCAGACCUCUGUAAAUAUUUAGAGGAAAAUAUCGGUUGGAUCUAUGUACAUUCAGUUUUCCCUCAGCAGAAGAAAACUGCUGGAUUAGUUGUGUAAUUUAAAUAAAACAUAUACCACA